AUGACACGAGAGAUUGAAGCUGAGCCUUCUCGUAUUCUCGAGCACAUUUAUCUUGGAUCUCGAGCUCAUGCACGUGAUAAGAAUCUUCUUCAACGUCUUCAUAUCACUCACAUUCUUAACGUGACACCUCAAAAGGAAAUGGAUCCCGUUGCGGGAGUGCCUAAUUUCUUUGAAAAGGACAAGACAUUUAUUUAUCAACGCUGUUCAAUAUUUGACAAUAAAGCACAAGAUCUUUCAAGUGUCCUCGACUCUUCCAUCACAUUUAUUGAGCAAGCGAAAUACUAUGGUCGAAUCCUUGUACAUUGUAAUAAAGGAGUGAGUCGCUCGACGUCAAUGAUUCUUGCAUACCUUAUUAAGUAUCAAACCAUGACAUUCGAUCAAGCCUUGACUUUUGUCAUUGAACGUCAUCCGAUAGCAAAUCCAAAUGCCAACUUUCGACAACAAUUGCACGAGUUUGAAUGUCAAGUACAUCGACAAGCGUCAAGCAAGAAAAGAUCACGCGCUCUUUGUAAUGCCAAUGAAAAGAAAGAUUCCGUCAAGUUCAUUGGACCUCAAUUGCCAUAUACAUCAAACACUGAUGACAAUCGUACGACGAAACAAUUGAAAACGGAGAAUAAAGUGAUUGGGCCAAGUCUUCCACCAUCUAGUGAAUCUUAA